UUAGCCGGCUUUACACUCCAGCGUUCCAGUUUCGAAAUGCUUUCGCACUGGAAGUAGGGGAAAAUUCCAGCAGCAAGUUUGGCGCCAAAUGCUUGCCGCAUUCGAAAAGUGCUUCACAGUCGGGCGAUAACAGCGCGCGCGAAAGGAGCAGUUCCAAUUAAAUGCGGAUCUCUUAAGAACCUUCACAUCUAUUUAAGCAACAUUGUGUGGCAAAAAGUGAUAUUAUCAAAUACAAACACAUUUUGGUGGCGCCAGUAAUUUGCAUAAUUAAAGCCGUCGUUCAGAUUGUGAAAUAAGAUAAGAUAACGAGCUACAGCAACAUUUGACUGGUCAGCAUGAUUUAAAGGAAAACCAAAAGUUAUACGAAGAAAAUAGAAUUCGAAACAAUGCAGGAUAUAAAUAUGGCACAAUCGCAUCUGGACGCACAGGUGAGUCUGAAUGAGACGCUGCUCAAGGAUCUGGAGAUCACGAGCAGUGACAUUCAGGACUUUGUGAAGCUACUCUUCGAUUUGCAAAAGAAGAACCACUCACAACAGGACGAGUGUCAGGGCUACUGUCGAGGCGAAAUCUACACCUGGCUGCGAGCUUACAACGGCAUUCAUGGCUAUUUAUCCCUGUUGAUUUGCAUAUUUGGCACAAUAGCCAACAUUUUGAAUAUAAUGGUGUUGACCAGAAAAGAAAUGGCCAAGGCGCCCAUUAACAAUAUAUUGAAAUGGCUGGCCGUCGCUGAUAUGUUUGUCAUGCUGGAAUAUAUACCGUAUACCACAUAUCAGUACAUCUAUAUGAAGCCAGGCGAAAAGGACUUGAGCUAUGCUUGGGCUGUGUACUUGCUGGUCCAUAUGCAUUUCACACAGAUUCUGCACACAAUCUCGAUUGGUUUGACUGUGACCUUGGCUGUCUGGCGUUAUGUGGCAAUAAGACAUCCAAACGGGAGCUGUGCCAAUUUUCUGCUAGCACAUUCCAGAGAGGCGAUCCUCUUCCCCUUCAUCAUUUCACCCAUCCUCUGUCUGCCCACGUACUUUGUGUUCAAGGUGCGCGAGACACUCGAGGUGGACACCAGAGAGCACGAGGCCAUGUACCAUGUGUAUUUUGACGUGGACUCGAUGCUCUUCAGAUUUAACUUCUGGAUACAUUCCGUGAUUAUUAAACUGUUGCCCUGCUGCAUUCUGACCGUCAUCAGUCUCGUCCUCAUGCAUGUCCUGUGCGAGGCCUCGCGCCGCCGUCUCAAGCUCAAGGACUACAACAAUCCGACCAAAUAUGCCAUACAAUUUAAUCUAAGCGAGGCCAAAUCGAGGCGGCCGCCUCGCUGUGAUCGACGCAAUGAUCGGACAACGCUCCUGCUGGUUGCUGUCCUGGUGCUGUUUCUGGUGACGGAGUUUCCACAGGGACUGCUGGGUCUGUUGUCGGGCGUGCUGGAGAAGUGCUUCUUUGCCCACUGCUAUCCGCCGUUUGGCGAACUGAUGGAUCUGUUGGCGCUGAUAAAUGCGGCCGUUGGCUUUGUGCUCUACGGUCUCAUGUCCAAGCAGUUCCGCACCACAUUCAGAUCGUUGUUCUUCAAGCGGCACUUUGGCAGCAGCGAGAUGACGCGCCUCACCCGUGUCACCACCACUUGUGUCUAGGAUCAAAGGCCGUGGCGUCCUAGACGUCGAAGGGAGACAGAGGAGGAGGAUGCAGACGCGGAGGUGGAGGCGGAGACGAGCUUCAUGCUGAGUGGUUGGGAGAAUGGGUGAAAUCUGGGUGAAGGCAUCUCAAAGAUGAAUUGAAUUUCUAAAACGAUAACUUUCAAAAAGUUGAACUGAAACUGUGAGCAGCGCAUAAUAAACGGUUGCUGAACUGUGACUCGGUGAAUCGGCCGAGAGCCAACAAUUAUGAAGUAGGGUAUUAAGUGCCAUUUCUAUUUAGCAGACACAUAAUUUGAGAUUUAGUGCGACUAGUGCGACAUUUAAAUUUGCCGUGUGGUCUAUGAGCAUAAUUAGUAUUAACUUGUAAAACUGUUCCUUAGGCUGAUUUGCACACAAUUCAAAUAUUUACCAAAUAUUUAUAUAUUUAAACUGUAAAUUGAUCUAUUUAUGAUUAAUAUGCCAUCUGAGAUAGGGAAGGAACACCAGCGUUUAUUAACUUUAAUUAUUCUAUAAGAGUUGAAUACAAUUUGUACGCAUUCAAUUUGCACACAUUCAAAUCAAAUUAGGUAUGUGAAAAAUAACAAACAACUAAAUUGAAUUUGAAAUCGAGAUUUCAACUGAAAAGGGAAAUGCGACAAGAGAAUAAAAAGCCGACGAGCCCCAAAGCUUCUUUGUUCUCUUGUCCAUUUCAAACUUGACCUUUGAUAAUAUUCAACAGAUAAUAAUUCAUUAAAUAUGCACACAAAACAUACAUCUAUAUAAAUAUCUAUAUUAUAAUUAAGUUAAGAGAGUGCCGCUAAUGGAUUUUCAUUGGCUUCAACUAUUGUUUAAUGCUAUUCGAGUAAACUGAUUUUUAAUUGACUUUGAGCAAGUUCAAAUAAAUGUUCGAUGUGAGUUAAGCA